ACCCUUAAAUACUAAGCAAAGCAAAACCCAAAAACCCUCACACAGGCAUAGCAAGCAGCCUCUUUCUCUGUAACCAAAAAAACACAACACACAGACACAGGCACAGACACAGAGAAAGAGAGAAAGAGAGAGAGAGAAACAAAGAAGGAAGAAAUGGCUCAGUCUUUGGAGCUUUUGUUGAUACAAUUCUUGAUGCCUGACAACGAUGCUCGGCGGCAAGCGGAGGAGCAGAUAAAGCGGCUGGCCAAGGACCCACAAGUGGUCCCUGCGCUCGUGCAGCACCUCCGCACCGCCAAGACCCCCAACGUCCGCCAGCUCGCCGCCGUGCUCCUCCGCAAGAAGAUCACCGGACACUGGGCCAAGCUGUCACCUCAACUCAAGCAUUUGGUCAAGCAAUCACUGAUUGAGAGCAUCACAAUGGAACACAGUCCACCAGUGAGGCGAGCAAGUGCAAAUGUGGUCAGUAUCGUAGCAAAGUAUGCCGUUCCAGCAGGAGAGUGGCCUGACUUGCUUCCCUUUUUGUUCCAAUGUAGCCAGAGUGCACAGGAAGACCAUAGAGAAGUGGCAUUGAUCCUUUUCAGCUCUUUAACUGAAACCAUUGGGAAUAGUUUUCAACCUCAUUUUGCCGAUUUGCAAGCUCUUCUAUUAAAGUGUCUACAGGAUGAGACAAGCAAUCGUGUUAGAGUUGCUGCUCUCAAAGCAGUGGGAUCUUUUCUAGAGUUCACUAACGAUGGGGCUGAAGUGGUCAAGUUUCGUGAGUUCAUUCCUAGCAUUUUGCACGUAUCAAGACAGUGUCUUGCCUCUGGAGAUGAAGAUGUAGCUGUAAUUGCUUUUGAAAUCUUUGAUGAGCUGAUUGAAUCUCCUGCACCUCUUCUUGGUGAAUCUAUUAAAUCCAUUGUGCAGUUCGCCCUUGAAGUUUGCUCAAGUCAAAAUUUGGAAUCCAACACACGUCAUCAGGCUAUUCAGAUAAUUUCAUGGCUGGCAAAGUACAAGUCCAAUUCCCUUAAAAAGCAUAAGUUGGUCAUCCCUAUCCUGCAAGUUAUGUGCCCUUUGCUUGCAGAAUCAACUGAUGGAAAUGAAGAUGAUGAUCUUGCACCAGAUAGAGCUGCCGCUGAAGUUAUUGACACUAUGGCUUUGAAUCUUCCAAAGCAUGUGUUUGCCCCUGUUUUAGAAUUUGCUUCUUUGAGUAGUCAGAAUGCAAAUCCAAAGUUUCGGGAAGCUUCUGUAACUGCUCUAGGUGUCAUUUCAGAGGGUUGUUUGGAGUUGAUGAAAAAUAAGUUGGAGCCUGUUCUUCAUAUUGUCUUAGGGGCUUUAAGGGAUCCCGAACAAAUGGUUAGAGGGGCUGCAUCAUUUGCAUUAGGUCAGUUCGCUGAGCAUUUGCAGCCUGAAAUUGUAUCCCAUUAUGAAAGUGUUCUUCCCUGUAUCUUAAAUGCCCUUGAGGAUGCAUCUGAUGAAGUAAAGGAGAAGUCAUACUAUGCUUUGGCUGCAUUCUGUGAGAACAUGGGGGAGGAGAUCCUUCCUUUUCUCGAUCCUCUGAUGGGCAGACUAUUGGCUGCCCUCCAAAGUAGCCCUCGAAAUUUGCAGGAGACAUGCAUGUCUGCAAUCGGUUCAGUUGCAUCAGCUUCAGAGCAAGCGUUCCUUCCAUAUGCUGAAAGGGUUCUGGAGUUGAUGAAAAAUUUCAUGGUGCUUACCAAGGAUGAGGAUCUCUGUUCAAGAGCAAGGGCUACUGAACUAGUUGGAAUCGUUGCAAUGUCUGUAGGAAGAACGGGGAUGGAACCGAUUCUACCGCCUUUCAUAGAAGCUGCAAUUGCAGGUUUUGGAUUGGAGUAUAGUGAGCUUCGGGAGUACACCCAUGGAUUUUUCAGCAAUAUAGCAGAAAUACUGGCUGAUGGCUUUGCACAGUAUCUUCCUCAUGUUGUGCCUCUGGCAUUUGCUUCCUGCAAUCUGGAUGAUGGCUCUGCAGUGGACAUUGAUGAGUCUGAUGAUGAAAAUAUUAAUGGAUUUGAUGGAGUUUCAUCUGAUGAUGAAGCUCAUGAUGAGCCAAGAGUACGAAAUAUCAGUAUAAGAACCGGAGUUCUUGAUGAAAAGGCAGCUGCUACUCAGGCACUUGGCUUAUUUGCUGAACACACAAAGAUUUCUUAUGCACCCUAUUUGGAGGAGUCACAGAAAAUUUUGGUGAGACACUCAGGCUAUUUUCAUGAAGAUGUUCGGCUUCAGGCAAUCAUAGGUUUAAAACACAUAUUAACAGCAGCACAGGCGAUCUACCAGAGUCAACAUGAAGGACUGGCAAAAAUAAAAGAAGUUCUUGAUACUGUGAUGAAUAUUUAUAUCAAGACUAUGACUGAAGAUGAUGACAAGGAAGUUGUCGCUCAAGCUUGUAUGAGCAUAGCUGAUAUCAUCAAGGAAUAUGGAUACGUGGCCAUUGAGCAAUUCGUGCCUCGGCUUGUUGAUGCUACUUUGGUAUUGCUCCGAGAAGAAUCUUGUUGUCAGCAAGAAGAAUCUGACGGUGACAUUGAUGAUGAUGAUACCAAACAUGAUGAAGAGCUUAUGGAUGCAGUUUCUGAUCUUCUUCCUGCAUUUGCCAAGUCCAUGGGUUCUCAUUUUGCACCUAUCUUUGCAAAGUUAUUCGAUCCUUUAAUGAAAUUUGCGAGAGCUUCACGCCCUCCGCAAGAUCGUACUAUGGUGGUUGCUUGCCUCGCUGAAGUAGCUCAGGAUAUGGGUCCUCCAAUUGCUGGCUAUGUCGAUCGAGUGAUGCCCAUAGUACUAAAAGAACUAGCUUCAUCUGAGGCAACUAAUAGAAGGAAUGCUGCAUUUUGUGUUGGAGAGCUGUGCAAAAAUGGGGGCGAGUCAACUUUAAAAUACUAUGGUGAUAUAUUGCGUGGACUUUUCCCAUUAUUUGGGGAAUCAGAACCAGACAAUGCUGUCAGGGAUAAUGCAGCUGGCGCUGUGGCAAGGAUGAUAAUGGUUUAUCCUGAGUCCAUCCCAUUAAACCAGGUCCUUCCUGUCUUCCUAAAAGCUCUCCCCUUAAAAGAAGAUCAUGAAGAGUCCAUGGCAGUCUAUAGUUGUGUAUCUACUCUUGUUUUAUCAUCAAAUCCCCAGAUCCUCACUCUAGUUCCUGAGUUGGUUAAUCUAUUUGCUCAAGUAGUGGUGUCCCCAGAAGAAACUUCUGAAGUUAAAGCUCAAGUGGGAAGAGCUUUCUCUCACUUGAUUUCUCUAUAUGGUCAACAAAUGCAACCCCUUUUAAGCAACCUUUCUCCAGCACAUGCUAAUGCACUAGCUGCAUUUGCCCCAAGAAGCUGAUACCUAGUCGAAAAGUUGUCAUUCUUUCCCGUCAUGUUGACUUCCAAAUUAGUUUUUCAAAGGGGAUUUUGUUUGUUAUACCUAUUUUUUAGUUUGAAAGUUGUGGGACCUGAAAGAAGUUCAUCAUCUCUACCAGGUUAUUGGUCCUGCUGCUGAUUCCAGUGCCUUCUCCAUUUUUCCUGUGUGGAGACACUGCCUUUUCUUCUAGUUUCACAAUAUUUAAAAUAUUCAUUUUCUUUCAAAAUUUAUUGUGUUUUACUUGGGUUUGGCUCCUGUGUUAUGUUCUUUUAUUUAUUAUUAUUUUUUGUUGGGGGUUUGUAUAUCACAACAAUGCAUCCAAUUCUCAAUUAGAAGAAGUUUUUGUAUA